UUUCAAAACUUUCGCCCGGCGUCAAGUGCGACUAUCGCUGCCGUCGUAUAUAGAUUCUUUAGCUGUACGACCAUAACACCGAAGUUUGAUCAAUAGUUCAUCGAAUAAACAACAAUGAUUAACGUAGCAACGAGAGCCUCGAGACUUGGUACAUUUCUCUUCAAAUAUACGAAAAAAGAAUCUAGAAAAUCUUCGUUAAGUCAAUGUAGAAACACAUUUGCAACUUGUUCGAGAGGUUAUGUUGAGACUUGCAAUGAUAAAAGUCUAUAUUCUAAUAAAAAUCUAAGUGUGAAAGCGGAUAUAUUCAUUCGGAACAUUUGUUGCAUCGCUCGAAGGCAAUUGUCUACAGAACAGUCAACAUGGAGAUUAUGGAAGAUGGAAAUUUGGUGGAUCGGGUGAGGAUCCUCUUGCAGCGAGAUAUGCAAUACUAUCAGGAGAUGCAAACGGUGCUGCGAGAGCAGGUGUGCGUCAGAGUGAGCGGCGGGAAAUUCGACUUUCCACGUCACGCCUCAUUCGCGGCUAUCAAAAUAGUCACCUGGUGGGAAGCUGAGUUCAUGGCAGCAUUCAAUCGGCCCUCCGGCUUAAGCUCAGCCAGUCAGGACAGUUCAGUCCUUGCCGGCGAUGGCGCAGUCGUUAAAAAAACCCAGCCGAGUGAAUUCAUUCUCCUCGUCGUCGAAACUUCCAAACAACUCUUGGAACACCUGCACACACUGAUACAGGAAUCCCUGGAUCACGCAGAUUUGACGGUACUCACGGCAACGCUGGGAGCCGCAGCCCUCAUUCGCAAUUGCCUCUGGUGUUACAAUCAACGCGCCAAAGGCAGAAUUACCGAGCAGUCCAGUGACAAGCUAUUAAGAUGUUACAAGUCAUACAACGAAAUGGCCGAAGCAGUGGCGGAGAGACUUUUGGAUCUUCACUGCCGUCUUAUCUCAUUGUAUAUCCUUAACGAAGCAGAUUCGUUGAACUGGCAAAGCGAUAAACCCUUUUUCGAAAAAGAGAGGUGCUCUUACGUCAUCCAAAUGUGGUGGCUCUACAUGCAAGGGACGAAAACGGAUCUCUGGAACACGGUAUCCCCGAAAAUGGCCCAGCGCAUCUUCUCCGGCAUGCUCAACGAGUCUCUCUCCAUCAUUGUCGCCCGCUUCAUUCACGGUCGACCUAGCCUCGCUCGAUCCAUGCAAUUUUGGGCAGAUGCAUUCAAUGUGCUAUGCUGUACCGCCUGUUUGGCGCUCAGUGUCUGUGUCUCAGGUGAUGAGAUGAUCGGAUUGAACGUCGAGAAGCUCUCGACUUACGUAAGAGAUAUUCACGCCAAAUGCAACGAGCUACUGAUAUGUCUGUUGCUCAGAGGCGCACCGCUCAAAAUACUCUUUCAGAUAUUUCGCAAAGGCCUGGACAAUUUAACGAUCUCAAAACCGAGAUGUGGGCCAUCUCCCUGGCUGUAUGUUUGCAGUCCAAAUCUCUUCGGCGUCACUCAUUCGAAGUCAAAAGGAUUUCAGAAUCUCGGCGAGGAUCAGGCAGCAAUCCUCGAACUAUACGUACUAAAAUCUCAACCGCAACCUAAUUGGACUCAGUUGAUUAAAGUCCUCUCCAUGAACAACUACUCUCUGGCUCGUGCACUGCUCGGCGUUCUCGUGCGCCAGUGCGUCGGUCACGUGGAUGUCGAUCCGUCUCAUCGGUCAAACACCAGCACUCCUGUUGAGGGCGUAGCAAUGGGCGGCAGCACUCCAGCUGCAGCCAAGAAUAAAGAAACCGACAAGGAGGAAAAGUGCGGCGGCUUCCUUUGUACCGGGAAAUCGUGCAAACGCACACUCAGCAUCACCCCGGCCAUGGGAUUGCACGGGCUUGUGUACAUACUCGCUAACACAGCCUGCGAUCCCUUACGCGUCCUUGUGCCCGCUCUCAAACAGGAUCCAGCUUGGUCGAGCUAUCUCGACAGACAACAGGUGUGGAAUCAAGCAAGACCACCUUGGCUUAACGCUCUCUUGGAAUUUUUGCGACCGUUUACGACACCGAUUGUGGAUACGCUUCUUGACGCUGUAAAGACGGGAGCGAGCAUCUAUCAAGCUAUGUCCUUGGCGUUGGGCUGCUUGGGUGAGCUUCACGAUUGUCUGCCACUAGGCGUACUCCAGAUGGCCUUGUGCAUGGACGAGAACGUACCGGCCCAUUGUCGGCCCAUAGGCGGUUCUGUUCUACUGCAGGUGAUGAUCUCUGCUCUUUACGCGGCGCUACUGCAAACAGCACGAGAUACAUCAGCCUCGACUGCUCAACAAAAUCUGGAGACCGAAGUGAGACUACAGGAAUCGGAAGGUGGCUCCUUUGAUCCUCAGAACAGAGCCGCAUCUGCCAUCGCUUUGUCGGAGGCCUUGUGCAGCAUCGACGAGGACAACAAACACACUGCACAAAUAGAUGAUCUUAUGGAUUUCAUGCGCGAGAGUUUGGUGAGACGCUCAGCGGCGGUAGGUUUCGCCGAAAUCGAGGACGUGAUGUGCAUUAUCGAGAGCUAUACUGACCAGCUCGCUUUCACCGAAAUUGGACGUAGUUCGCUGAAGAUAGUGCACGAGUAUCUGAUCCGCGCGUCGAAGCCCCUGUUGGAAAUGUUGCACGACGAGAACAGACAUAAGGUGCCGGACUCGCGCGUUAUCGCUUACUCGCCUCAACCGACUAAGCCCCUUACCAACAUAAUGUUCCACAUCGACGAUACGGCUUUCGACCGUCUACUGAUCAACUACGAAGCACUGGACUGGGAGCUGAUGUUUGAAAUUCCGCUGUCUGUGACGAGCCAGCGCGUGCGAGCUCAGGUACUUUCCAGGCCUGAACUUAUCAACAUCCUGCAGCUUGAACAGGACGAUCGCGAGGCUGCUAACUUUGUAAAGCAGCUCUGCACCACCGGUGUACUCAACCGGAGGAGUUAAGCACCUUUCUAGCACGUCCGCGGUACGGAAGUGCCUUAUUUUAAUCGAAAUAUUUAGUUUCAAUCACUUUGCAAUAAUACGCUGACUCCAAAGUAGUAAACUAAUAAUGAUGCAUAAAUAUUAAAUGACAAUAGAACAAAAUUUUAUAAUAAUAUAAAAAUUGAGAAAAAUAAGUAAAAAGUGUACGGAAAUAGAUAGGUAUUAUUGAUCAAGAAUUCUCAUGUGAUUUAGCUUUAUAAUUUCAUUCGUGUAUUUAUAAAGUGUGCAAUUAUUUAGAUUAUAAAUUUUCCAUGAAUACAAGUAGUUUUUAAUUACAACAAAAACAAUGCUUCGUACAGAAAAAUAAUACUUUCAAUACAUAUUUGUACUUAUAAAAAACGACAUAUCAUAUGAUAAUAAAAAAAUUAUAAAUCACUUUUUUAAAACGUGGCUUGAUCUAUAAGCAUAUAUUCUUUCUACACAAAUAUAUAUCGACUAUCAGUAUUUUACGAAUGUUUCAACCUUCUUUUAGGAAAAUAGCUUUAAAUCAUUAUUUUUAAUAGAUUCAAACUUGUUUCUUUAAAAAUUUGUAUAUCCUAUAGAACGACCAUAAUACAUAUUACGUAGUUAAAAUUAUACAUUUCAACUAUAUAUAUAUAAAAUUUGUCUAAAGUUUUUCACAAUCAAUCAACUCUUUUGAAUUGAAUACAAUCCUCAAUCAGCAUCAUCUACCAAAUAAUAUUGAAACUAUAAACAUCGCAGUGUUUAAUUACAACUUAAAAUCAAACUAAUAAACUAUAUAUAAGGUUUCAAUAAACAUAUUCGUUUUAUAAGUCCAAGUUUGUCCAGACUUUUCUUUAUUUCAACAGAGUUGUACAAUUUUAUUGAAUUUUAAGACUUACUGUUACCAAUGAGAUAUAUUCAUAAAGAACCUACUCAUAACGAUUAACGUCAUAGGAAUAUAUUUAAAACGAAAAGGAAUUUAAAUCUUUACAUAUGCAAGACGUGUUUUCAUUGACAAAGUGAACGUUUAUCAGUUUUAUUUUUCUCAUGCAAGGACGAUCACACGACAGUUGGCACAUUGAUGAGCUGUGGUACCUUGACGAACAUAUCAUAUAGAGGACUAUUCUUAGAAUCUGAUCAUUUUAUUAUUGUAUGUUAUAAUGCACAUGCAAUGAUUUGCAAUUAGUAACACAUACAUUUGGUUAAAGCCAGUUUAUAAGUAGAGAGCUGGAUAGAUGACUCGUUACAAAAGUGAGGCGAGCUCUGCUUAUUGAUUUUCAUCGUUCUCGGCUCUCGUCUCUUUCUAUACAAUGACUCAUAUAUCCACACACACACAUCGAA